AUGGCUUCGGAGAGACGUAUCAAGUCUCUUAAAUUGAGGAUUCGGAGCCUGGAAACAUCCUUCAACCUCAUCAAGGUUUUCGUCGACAACUACGACGAAGACACCCAAUCGGUUGAAGUUCCCGUGAGGCUCGAAAAUCUUGCUGUUCUUUGGACAGAUUACUCCAAAACUCAGGCUGAGCUUGAAGCAUCCGAUGUCGACGACAUGGCAAUCGUCGAGCAGCAGUUCAAGCAGCGAUCCCAGUUUGAAACGGAGUAUUAUCGAGUGAAAGGUUUCUUGCUGGCCGUAAAUAAACAUGUUUCGACUCCGUACACUCAUCCUGUUCAGUCACAUGCGCACUUCCCUGCUUCAUCUCAGAUCCGGCUACCCGACGUAAAGCUCCCUGUGUUCAAUGGGUCAUUAGAGCAAUGGUUGAACUUCCAUGACCUGUUCGUUUCUUUGGUGCACUCUUCAAGUGAUUUGUCGAACAUCCAAAAGUUCUAUUAUUUAAGAUCUUCUUUGAGUGGCGAUGCACUGAAGCUGAUUCAAACCAUUGCAAUCAGUGCUAACAAUUAUCCCGUGGCUUGGAACCUGCUUGUAGAGCACUUUCAAAACCCGUUGCGUUUGAAACAAACUUAUGUUGACUCGUUAUUCGAAUUUUCACAACUUAAAAAGGAAUCAGCUUCAGAUCUUCAUUCGUUGGUCGAAAGGUUUGAAGCCAACGUUCGAAUCCUGAAACAGCUUGGAGAAAGAACUGAGUAUUGGGACGUGUUGCUUAUUCGAAUGCUGAGUAUCCGCCUUGAUUCUACAACUCGUCGAGAUUGGGAAGAAUUUGCGUCUUCGAAAGAGUCAACAACAUUUCAAGAUCUUGUAAGCUUUCUUCAACGACGAGUUACGGUUCUGCAGUGUAUGAGUAAUGGUCAGCAAGAGUGUUCAGCAACGACUUCAGCGAAAAAAUUGACUUCUCGUCCUCCACUUGUUAGCCACGGGGCUACUCAGCUCAACUAUCGGCAGUGUUUCGCUUGCUCCGACCAUCAUCCAUUAUACCAGUGUUCCGUUUUCUCCAAAAUGACUUCCGAAGACAAAGAGAAACUCGUGCGCCGCCAACAACUUUGCCGAAAUUGUCUACGGAAGGGUCAUGUGAGUCGAAACUGUUCGUCGAAAAACACCUGUCGGAAAUGCCGAGGUCGACACCACAGCCAGCUUUGCAGCGAUGAUCAUUCUCAACAAGAGCGCAACAAGCAACGAGUCGAAUCAACCUCAACAACGGAGACUGGUGCUGCUAGCGAAGCAGCCUCACCAUCACUAUCAGCAGCGAUUCAUAACCCAGAAGCUGGUCUCCAUCCCAACAAGGUGAUUCUCGCAACAGCUGUGAUCACUUUGGUCGACGAUCACGGCAAUUCACACGCAGCAAGGGCACUUCUGGAUUCAGGAAGCGAGUGCAGCUUCAUUACCGAGUCGCUUUCUCAACGGCUUCAGAGUCGUCGUGAAAAGGUUCAUCUCUCGAUCUCCGGAAUUGGGCAAUCGUCUACACAGGCUCGGCUAAAGCUCCGCACUACAGUACGCUCUCGGACUACGAGGUUUUCCACCAUCGUCGAGUUACUUGUUCUUCCAAGGCUCACCCUAAAUGUGCCCUCAACAACCAUGGACAUUUCGAGGUGGAGUCUUCCGGAAGGAAUUCGUCUAGCCGAUCCAGCGUUCUACCAGACGAAUCCCAUCGACGUAGUUCUGGGCGCUGAAAUCUUCUUCGACGUCUUCAAACCAUCAGGCAGAAUAUCGCUUGGAGGUGGCCUCCCAAUGUUGGUUAAUUCGGUCUUUGGCUGGGUGGUCUCUGGGAAAGUAAUGCAGUCCAAUCACAUCAACACCGUUUCCUGCAAUGUCGCUACUGUUUCGGACAUCUAUCGUUUCAUGCAACGUUUUUGGACCAUUGAGGAAGAGAGCGCAGUUCCCAGUCUCUCGGUUGAAGAAGCAGCUUGCGAGGAGCAUUUUCGUCGAACAGUUCAACGUGCUCCAGAUGGCCGGUACAUUGUGCGAUUGCCUUUGAAGGAGGCUGCGGUCAACAUAGGCGACAACCGCAACACUGCACGACGUCGAUUUUAUAUGAUUGAAUCUCGUCUUCAACGCAACAAAGAGCUACAGAUUCAAUAUCGGGACUUCAUGGCGGAAUACGAAACCCUCGGCCACAUGCAGCGUGUGGCGGACACAGCUGAAUCCGAUUCUUCCCGGUAUUAUCUACCUCAUCAUCCCGUAAUUCGAGAAACAAGCUCUACUACAAAGGUGCGAGUUGUGUUCGACGCCUCGUGCAAAUCAGCAACCGGAAAAUCCCUGAAUGAUGUGCUUAUGGUAGGCGCAGUCAUCCAGGACGAUCUGAGAGCCAUCAUUCUGAGGUCCAGGCUUCACCAGAUCAUGCUCAUCGCUGACAUCAAGCAAAUGUAUCGUCAGAUACUGGUAGACGACAGAGACAUCCCACUUCAGCGGAUUUUUUGGCGGAACUCCCCGGAACAACCGCUAGAAACCUUCGAGUUGAAAACGGUCACCUAUGGUACGGCCAGCGCACCGUUUCUUGCUACCAGGGUCCUCCAGCAACUAGCCGAAGACGAAGAGACGAACUUUCCCGAAGCAGCCAAGGUCCUCAAGAGAGAUGUGUACGUAGACGACCUCUUCACCGGCGGAAGUUCUCCAACGAAGGUAGCUGAGCUACGGGUUCAGCUUGACCAGUUAUGCAGGAGAGGUGGAUUUGAAUUUCGAAAGUUUGCCUCUAAUUGUGAAUCGGUUCUCGACGGCGUGUCUCCUGAUAGACGUGCAAUUCAAUCCUCGGUCGAACUUGCAGCAGACCAGUGCAUCAAAACCCUUGGCCUACACUGGGAACCAACAGCUGACAACUUGCGGUUCCACAUCCAACUACCGAAGCAACCACCAGACACCCUCAUGACGAAACGAAUCGCUCUGUCGCAAAUCGCUCAACUCUUCGAUCCUUUAGGUCUGGUUGGGCCAGUAAUCGUAACCGCCAAAAUCUUCAUGCAGACGCUGUGGAGCCUUAAUUCCGAAGACGACAAACCUUGGGGCUGGGAUCAACCGCUGCCAGAUUCUCUCGCCACCUACUGGAUCAAGUACUACUCGCACUUGCCUCUGCUUGAGCAACUAAGAAUCCCUCGAUGUGUUGUUUUGCCCGAUCCAUGUAACGUUCAGCUUCACCUAUUUUCGGACGCAUCGGAACAAGCUUAUGGCGCCUGUGCGUAUCUCCGAUCGACCGACGCGUCCGGGAAUGUUCUGGUAACCUUGUUGACGGCCAAAUCGAAAGUUUCACCAUUAAAAAAGCGCAGCAUUCCUCGCCUCGAACUCUGCGGAGCACUAGAAGCGGCUCAACUGUAUCAAAAGGUCUGUUCCGCUUUCGGAUCGAAGUUCACUACGUUCUUCUGGGUUGAUUCUACAACAGUUUUAGCCUGGCUUAAGGCUACCCCGUCAGUAUGGACUACGUUUGUGGCGAAUAGAGUAUCCAAAAUCCAGCUGGCAACGGUGAACACUUCCUGGAACCAUGUUGCAGGGCAACAGAACCCUGCAGACCACAUCUCUAGAGGCAUCGAGGCCGAAACGAUUCUCUCGUGCGACCUUUGGUGGAAGGGUCCACAAUGGCUCCAAUCUGAAUCAUCGUUCUGGCCUGUUCAUCAGCCUGACCAAUCUUUUGAAACGCAGCUGGAAUCCCGAUCUUCCCCGAAUCAAUUUCUGGCAUCAACAGCAGUGUCCCCACCAGUAGAUCCUUCCUUCAUCGACCUUCACAUCGAACGCUUUUCAUCUUUCCAACAUUUGUUGCGAGUAACGGCAUUCUGCCUAAGAAUUUCUUCGAACCGCCCCAGCAAACGACAGGAAUUGACCAACAAUUUGUCGACGACCGAAAUACAGAAUGCAGAGUUCGCCUUAAUUCGGUUAGUCCAGCUCCAGGAAUUCGCCAGUGAAGUCAGUGCUCUUCGUCAGUCGAAACCCAUCCCAGUCAAAUCACGGCUUCGAUGGUUUACCCCCUUCCUCGAUCCAAAUGGGGUAAUGCGUGUGGGUGGCAGGCUUGACAGAGCGCCAAUGACGUACGACAGCAAACACCAGAUCCUGCUCCCAUAUCACCAUCGCUUUUCGACUUUACUCGUCCAAUGCUACCACGAACGUAACUUGCAUGCAUCGCCACAACUGCUCGUUGGACUUCUUCGCCUACGAUACUGGAUCAUAGGGGCCAGAAAUCUGGCCAAAGUCAUCGUACAUCGCUGCACCAGUUGCUUCCGAGCUCGCCCUAAAUUGGUGGAACAAUUUAUGGCUGAGCUGCCCAAGGAACGGAUCACAGCCACUCGUCCAUUCACGGUAACGGGGGUUGAUUACUGGGGCCCAAUACUUCUUAAACAUCCGCAUCGUCGAGCCUCACCCACUAAAGCAUUUGUAGCAGUUUUUGUAUGCUUCUGUACUAAGGCUGUUCACAUCGAACUGGUUUUCGAUCUGACAACAGCUAAAUUUGUACAAGCCUUGCGACGAUUCGUCUCUCGCCGAGGUCCGCCUUCUGAUAUCUACUCUGAUAACGGACGAAACUUCCUCGGUGCGAAAAAUGAGCUAAAACGGCUCAUCCGUCAAUCAGAGUAUUCACACAAAUUGGAACAGGAGUGCUCUGACUGCAAAAUCAGAUGGCACUUCAAUCCUCCAAGAGCCUCCCAUUUCGGGGGAUUGUGGGAAUCUGCCAUUCAUUCCGCCCAAAAGCAUUUUAUCCGCGUCGUCCGGGACCGACCGCUCUUCUACGAUGACAUGCAAACUCUUCUGUGCCAGAUCGAAAGUUGUUUAAAUUCUCGGCCUCUUGUUCCACUGAGCGACGACCCAACUGAUUAUGAGGCAUUGACACCCGGACACUUCUUGGUUGGCACGUCGUUGAAGGCUGUUCCUGAUGAAGAGUUCACCGAAAUACCGUUCCAUCAUUUGAAGAAAUGGCAACAAAUUCAAAAAUUGGUCCAGGAUCUGUGGCGGCGAUGGCACCUGGAAUAUUUGAACAUAUUACAACCCAGAAGCAAAUGGAUGCACUCACCUGUUUCGAUAAAGGAGAACCAGCUCGUCCUCCUAAAAGAAGAAAACAUCCCACCGAUGCGCUGGCCAACAGCCAGAAUUGUCCAGACUCACCCAGGAAGCGACGGAGUUAUCAGAGUGGUCACCCUGAGAACAGCAAAGGGCUCGUGCACACGACCGGUGUCUAAAAUUUGCCUGCUGCCGAUUGCACCAUCGUCGGAGGAAGCAAUCAAACCAUCCGGCGCUGAGCAAUCAACAACAGACGAAAUUUCUGUCAAAGGAGAGCUCCAACUUUCGGAUCCAUCGAAGCGCUACCGGGUCUUAAAAUUUUGCAGACGUAAACAACACAUCACAACACGACCGAGACGACCGAAACGAGACCGACGAAUUUGGACUGAUGUAAACAAUCAUCAUCAUUGCCGUGUUCACGCUGAUCGGAAUCCACACACUUCGCCGCCUAUUUUACCUGAGCAGUCAUCGUCAGAAACGUUGUUCCUGAAGGGGCCAGGAUCCAACAACUGCGACGAGUACGAUGGCGAUAGCAAGAUAUCCCGGGAUCAUCCCCAGCAACAACAGCAUCUCUGCCAGCAUCAUCAGCAUCAUCAUAAUCAUCAUCAUAACCAACGCUUGUCAGCGGUUUUCCGCCAGAAAUAG